UCUUUUGCUUUGAUGUUAUCAUCCGCCAGCUGCCCAAGGGGUAUUAUGAAGUUGAUAAUAACACUGGUUAAUGCAUAUAACUGGAAGUUCAGUUGAUUCUGUAGACGUGUAUCUUUAUUGAACAGAAAGAAGAAAUGUCAUUUCGAGGGAGAGGUGGAAAUAAUCGUGGUGGGUUCAGUCGUGGCCGUGGCGGUUUCAACAGAGGCGGAAGAGGUGGUGGAAGAGGUGGAUUUGGACGUGGAGGAGGAGGUCGCGGUGGCUUCAAUAGGGGCAGUUAUGACCAAGGACCUCCAGAAAGUGUAGUUAUUCUUGGAGAGUUUAUGCAUCCCUGUGAAGAUGACAUUGUUUGUAAAUGUGUCACUCAAGAAAACAAAGUACCUUAUUUCAAUGCACCAGUUUAUUUAGAAAAUAAAGAACAGAUUGGGAAAGUGGAUGAAAUCUUUGGGCAACUUAGGGACUUUUACUUUUCAGUUAAACUGUCGGAAAACAUGAAAGCUUCAUCUUUCAAAAAAUUACAAAAGUUUUAUAUCGAUCCAGCAAAAUUGCUCCCUCUGCAGAGGUUUUUGCCAAGGCCUCCUGGUGAGAAAGGAGCUCCAAGAGGAGGGCGAGGUGGAAGAGGUGGGCGAGGUGGAAGAGGUGGAGGUGGGCGAGGUGGUUUCAGAGGUGGUAGAGGUGGUGGAGGUUUCAGAGGAGGACGAGGUAGAGGUGGUGGCCGAGGAUUUAGGGGCAGAGGACACUAAGUGGAGCUGCUGGAAACAUCAAGAUUAUGGUUUCAUCAGUAAAAUAAGAUGCUUCUGAGAUUGCAAGUAUUAUCUGUAGUUUCCUGAAAGAAGAAACCUCUAGACUACUUUUACUUUUCUAUUCAAGCUCUGCUAUGCAAGGUGUUCGCUUGUUCUGUGACAUUAGGAAAUGUAUAGUGUGCUGCCUGUGUACGUGAGAAUGGAGUGGCUCUCUAUGUGCACAUAAGGUAUCCCAUGUGCAUAUUAUACUUGCUGAUUUUCUGAAACUUGAAAAUAAAUUAUUUGUAAAAAUUCUGUACCAUU